CGAUCACAUCCCAUAAUUAAACUGGAGUAUAAAGCGGGGAGAAUGACUCUACAGAUUCGUGGAGGGCGCAUGCACUCUCAUCCACUUCCCAACUACCUUCUUACUCUUAUAGCUUCUGGUUGAACAAGCUUUCUUCUAUCUACGCAUUCCAGUCCUUUACAGAAUGAAAGCAGCACAGUUUUAUGGCGCCAAAGACAUCCGCGUCACCGACGUACCGUGGCCUGAGCCAAAAGAAAAUGAAGCUUUGGUCGCAAUCGAGUGGUGUGGAAUAUGUGGGAGUGACUUGCACGAGUACAUCAUGGGUGGGGUGAUAAUACCGACGAAAGAGAACCCACACCCAAUCACCAAAGAUUACCUGCCUGUGACAAUGGGGCACGAAUUCUGCGGUCGAAUCAUCAGUGCCCCAGAAGGCUCGAAUCUGUCUUCCGGACAAGCGGUUAUGGUCGACCCUCGUAUCAACUGCGGUAGCUGCUCUCGAUGUAAUGCCUCUUGGACGAACACAUGUCGAUCAUGGGGCUUCAAGGGCUUCUCAGGAACAGGAGGUGGCUUCUCCGAGGCCGUCGCGGUGGAUGCAAAAAUGUGUUACCCGCUCCCUGAUUCCGUGGAUCUGAGUCUAGCGGCAUUGAUCGAGCCUCUGGCGGUGGCUUGGCACGCUAUUGAAAUCUGUGAUAUCCCAGAUUGGGCCGACAAAUCCGUCCUCAUUCUUGGUGGUGGUCCGGUCGGAAUAGCACAUGUUCAUGUGCUCCGAGCGAGGGGUUGCAAAAGGAUUCUCGUCUCGGAACCUACUGCGACGAGAGCGGCUCAGAACAAAGAGGUCGCAGAUGAGGUGUUCAAUCCAUUGAUCAUGGACGUAGCAGGGAAAUGCAGGGAACUUACGAAUGGCGAGGGGGUGGAUGUUGUCUUUGAUUGUGCUGGUAUCCAGAAGGCAAUGGACACCGGCUUGGAUGCACUGAAAGUGAAGGGGACAUAUAUGAAUGUCGCUGCCUGGGAGACACCUAUCGUCGUACCGCAGUUUCAGUGGAUGCCGAAGGAACUGACCCUCAAAGCAAGCAUGGCUUACAACGACAAACACUUCAAAGAAACGGUGGACGCUUUCGUCGCAGGCAAAUUCAAAGACGUGGAGAAGAUGGUCACUAGCAGGAUAUACAUUGACGAUAUCUCGACCAAGGGCUUCGACGAGCUGGUAACAAACAAAGACAAGCACAUCAAGAUUCUGGUCACCACCCAUAAGGAUAAACUGUAAUACCGUGUAUCUCUAUCUCCUUCGUACUUAUCUCUCUUUCUUUUCUUUCAGGAUUAUGACUCGAAUUUCUACCUCCACACGGAAAUCCUACUUCCAUUCACCAUUGCCUUGCUGGUUCAGCAAUUCUCCUUCGCUAUUGCGCCUGAGUCGGCUACCGACCAGAUAUUUCUUCAAAUCCAGGGCCAGCUCACUUUAACUGUGCCAAUUGGAACAGAAGCAUCGGGAAACACAAUUUUGUGACUUGAAGGACCACGUGAUUUGGAUAUUCACCCUCAUUUAGACUUGACAUUUGUAUCAUCAAUGCUCCGACCGGACACGCUGUCAUUGCAGGCAUCUUGCUAA